AUGACUUCACUCCCUGCGGCGGCUUGCGGCCUCCGCGCUGCGACGAGAACGACGCUCGCAACGCCCGCACGCUCGCCGUCGCUCCUAUCGCGGCGAUGCAACGCCAGCCAGGCCUCGCGGACGCAGCAGCAGACCGAGACGGUGCGCGAGAUGGGCUCGCUCAUGGCCGAGGUGCGGGGCACGCUGCCGCAGCGCAUCAAGGUCCGCAUGCCCACUCGACUGGCGCCGAAGCGCAGCUGGGUCAACGAGGUGCACGCCCAGCCGGGCGAUACGAGGCCAAUCGAGCUGACGCCGGAGCUCGAGGCGGAGCUGCUCAAGCCCAAGCACAUGGCCGAGAGCUACGUCGAGCUGUGGCUUCCGUUCCGCGACGACCCGGAGCUCCUGGAAAAGUACAUUGCCACGUCGGGCAUGGUGCGGCUGGGCAAGAUCCUCGAGGACCUCGACACGCUGGCCGGCGCCAUCUCGUACCAGCACGCCCUCGGCGCCGCCCCUCGCGCAGGAGACGUGUCGGCGCCCCUGUACAUUGUCACCGCCUCGGUCGAUCGCCUCGACCUGCUCGAGCCGUUGCGCGCCGACGCAAACUACCGGCUGAGCGGGCACGUCAUCUACGUUGGGUCGUCAAGCAUGGAGGUGUUUGUCAGCAUCGAGCGCCUCGACAACCUCUCUGGACCGGCCAAGGUCUGCCUGACGGGUCGCUUCACCAUGGCGGCUCGCAACGCCUCGACGCUCAAGAGUCAGAAGAUUGCACCGCUGCUCGUCGAGACCGACGCCGAGAAGCGCCUCUACGCCAUCGGAGAAGGCUUCAAGAAGCGCAAGCGUCAAGAGGCGGCCACGUCGCUGGAGCGGGUGCCGCCGACCAAGGACGAGGCGGUGCUGCUGCACUCGCAGUACCUCGAAGGUCUGCGCGCCGGUCUCUUUUCGGCCAGCGACGAGCGACACGGCGGCGCGGCGACGGCGGCGGGAGCGGACCAGCACCUGGUCCCCGUGAGCAAGACGGCGCUGUCGGCGACCAUGCACCUGCACCCGCAGCAGCGCAACGUGCACGGCAAGGUGUUUGGCGGCUUCCUGAUGCGCUCGGCCUACGAGCUGGCGUGGAUGGUGGCCGCCUCGUUCGUCCACCGCCAGGUCCAGUUCCUCUCCCUCGACGCCCUCAGCUUCCACGCUCCCGUGCCCAUCGGCGCCAUCCUGCGCCUCUCGUCGCAGGUGACGUACUCUGACGAGUCCGGUGACGCGGCCAACGGCAAGCACGCCGUGGCGGGGGUCAGCGUCCUCGCCGAAGUCGUCAACCUCGAAACGGGCGUCGGCAGCCGCAGCAACACCUUCCACUUCAGCUUCGACGUCGGACCGCCGACGCGCAGAGUCAUGCCGCAGACGUACAAGGAAGCGAUGGAGUGGAUCGAGGGCAAGCGCCGCGUCGAGCUGGGCCACGAGAUGCGGGCCCUCUACGGCGAUGGGGCGUAG